AUGCGCAUUCAGUCCACCUGGCUGGGUGCUUUGGCGAGCUUGCCUUGUGUUCUCGCAUCCUGGCCUCUGUAUUACACUGAGACGGUGACCCCUUACCGCAACGAUGAGCCAAAAGUGAAGGUUGAAACACUUUACCAGUUUCCUGAAAACGGCUCUUGGGUCGACAACAUCGUGCUGCGAUCAAAUGGAAAUCUACUCCUCACUCGGCUAGAUGUACCUGAAGUCUGGUCGGUCAACACUACAAGCGGAAACGCGACACUCGCCCAUUCCUUUUCCAACGCCACGAGCUGCUUCGGUAUCGCCGAAAUUGAAGACGACGUAUUCGCGGUAGUGGUAGGAAACUUCUCCACGACGACCUACCAGCCUACUCCGGGGUCAUUUACCGUUCAAAAAUUGGAUUUCAAUAUCGAAGCGGAGGAAAAUGAGCGAGUAUCGCAGGUCGCAGCGGUAUCGCACAUCGCUGCACUCCCCGAGGCACAGGCUCUGAACGGAAUGACCGCGUUCACUGAAGACUCCAACCUUGUUUUGAUCGCCGACAGCCCAAAGGGAGCUGUUUGGAAAGUCAACACCAAGACUGGUGACUAUGAAAUCGCCCUGAACGACACAACAAUGAUGCCAGCGGAGGGACAAGCCUUGCCCUUGGGAAUAAACGGAUUGAAGUUGGUGGAUGGAUACAUUUACUAUUCGAGUACAACACGGAUGGAGUUCUGUCGCGUCAAGGUCGAUGAGAAUGCCAAUGCGGUCGGAGAAUUUGAGGUCAUUGCAAGUGGAUUCUUGCCAGACAAUAUGGACGUGGCCCCGGAUGGUACCGCCUAUAUUGCUACCGAUCCCCAAAACUCUGUCGUUCGUAUCACUCCCUACGGCCAGAUCUCGUUGGUUGCCGGAGGCCAGCUUUCUACACAAAUCCCUGGUCCCACAUCCUGCCGCCUGACAAGUGACCGCAAGACCCUCUACGUGGGAACAAGCGGUGGACAAGUGGCGCCUGUCUUGGGAACGUUCAAGGAACCCGGGAAGGUGGCUAAGAUUACCAUGGAGUGA